UUAAGUUGUUGAAUCAUUUAUGAAGUAAUUAAUAGUUAAAUCUUUUGAUAAGUAUUAAUUAAUAAUCUGAUAAAGUGUAGACUAACAUUUUAUCACAGGUUAAAAUUCACUGAUAGUGUAAAAUUUUUUAUAUCUAAUCUUGGUAAAGUUGCAAAAUUUGCUGAGGGCAUCGGGUUUCGUGCUCGAAAGAUAGUUCUUUUGAGCGUUGCAGUCAAUGGCAAAUCACAGCAACACCAAUAGUUACGAGGAGGAACGCAGGCAAAGGGUUCUGGAAAAUAAGAAACGAUUUGAGGAUCUGGGGAUUCUGAAUAUAUCGAAAAACCUUUCUGAUCUUACAAAGUCUGAGAAGAAGUCUGACUAUAAAACCGAGCUACGCCGAGGUAGACAAAAAACAUACGAUGUUUACAUGUCGGAGCCAAGAAGGUCUUCACGGGCAAGGAAUCCGGUUUCAUCGUACCGUGAUGAAAUUGAUGAUAUAGAGCUUCCAUCUUUGCGGAAGAGAUCAAAAUUCGGUUCUUCAUGGGCAAGUUAUCUAGCAAGACCAUUGGAAGAAGUGAAAGUUGCUUCAUUUGAAGAGAGAGCACAAGCUCUCAAAUCGGCAGAAAAGCUCCACAGCAAUCUGCAAUCUGGAAAUCCAUAUUUUAUCAAGUCUAUGGUUCGAUCUCAUGUCUACAGUUGUUUCUGGUUGGGACUUCCUACUAGAUUUUGUGAAGACCAUCUUCCCAAGUCUACGGUAGAUGUUGUGCUAGUGAAUGAAGAAGGUCUAGAGUAUGAAGCUCUCUUUAUCGGCAAAAGAACUGGACUAAGCGGAGGGUGGAGAGCAUUUGCCCUUGAUCAUAAGCUGGAUGAUGGGGAUGCUUUAAUAUUUGAAUUGAUUGAGCCAACAAAAUUCAAGGUCUACAUCGUUCGAGCAUCCCACUGUUCAAAUGAAGUGGAUAAAUCUGCUGCAGAAAAAGAAGAGAGUGAAGCUGAAGAAGCAUCGACGAAUGUAACAAAGAAAAGAAAGAAAACUAGCAACAAAUCAAAAGUUUCAACAGUAGCUAAAGAAGAGGUCUACAUUGUUCGAGCAUCCCACCGUUCAAGUGGUGUGGAUAAAUCUGGUGCGGAAAAAGAAGAGAGUGAAGCCGAAGAAGCAUCGACGAAUGCAACAAAGAAAAGAAAGAAAACUAGCAACAAAUCAAAAAUUCCAACAGUAGCUAAAGAAGAGAGUGAAGCCGAAGAAGCAUCUACGAAUGCAACAAAGAAAAGAAAGAAAACUAGCAACAAAUCAAAAGUUCCAACAGUAGCUAAAGAAAAGGAACCUGUAAAGGCUUCAGCCACGAGACGCAGUACUAGGAGAAAGUAAAUUAUGUCAAGAAGCAUCAUUCUGUAGGCGAUGUCAAAAUCAAACCUGCGUUGUGGUAAGCAGAUCAAGUUUACUGACGAUUUGCAAGACAUGUUAAAAUAUUUGGCAGUAAAUCUCAUUUGCCAGUAGCUAAUCAGGCAACUUGCCUUGUCAAACUCUUGAAGCGCGAAUGAAAUACGCUUUGUUGCACCAUUUUUACUUGCUUGUCAAGGUUUAGUGAUUCAUCCUUGACAGUGCUCAGUCGCAACUUAGCUUGUAAUUUUUGAAAGAUCAUACUCAUUCUGUUUGUCUAAAAUACUUCAAAUAUGUUUAUUAAGGAACUUCAAGUUGCCAUGACGAGCGCUUCUUUC